UGGGUAGAGAUCAGGAGUUGAACGUGAGUACAGACAAAAGAAGACUAUGCAAGUUCUCUUGUCCGUGAUGCCUCAACCAUCCACGUUUCGUGUGGAAACAUGAUAAUUAGCUGACCGAUAUGUAGUGGUUCAUCCUAUGGUCUUACCGAUGGCGGCAAAGGGGGUAUGAUCUAUACUUAUAUCGGUGGCUUGUUUGGAUUUAGUUUCGUGAUCCUGUCCAUGGCUGAAAUGGCGUCCAUGGCCCCAACAUCCGGCGGUCAGUAUCACUGGGUGUCAGAAUUUGCUCCCCCAAGCUGCCAGUGUAUCUUGAGUUAUAUUACUGGCUGGGUCUGUGUCCUCGGAUGGCAUACGGGCAUCGCAGGAUGCUCCUAUACUGUGGCCAAUAUGAUGGUGGGCAUCAUUGCGAUCAACUAUCCCGACUCAUACACCUACCAGCCAUGGCAUGUUACACUGCUGGUUAUCGCAGUGGCAUUCGUUGCGCUACUUUUCAAUACCCUUCUAGCACAGAAGUUGCCCUUAAUUGAGGGUAUUAUUCUUGUAAUCCAUUGCUUCGGCUUCUUUGGGAUCCUCAUUCCUCUAUGGGUUUUAUCGCCAAGGCCAUCGGCUGCAGAGGUAUUCAGCUCUAUUGAAGAUCGUGGAGGAUGGGGCUCUAAUGGUCUAUCCUGCUUAGUCGGGAUAGUUGGGCCAGUCUAUGCCUUGAUAGGCCCUGAUUCCGCCGUUCAUAUGUCUGAGGAAAUCCGUGACGCUUCUCGGGUUCUUCCCCUCGGCAUGAUCUGGACCCUGAUUCUCAACGGCUCCACGGGCUUAGUUAUGAUCAUCACCUUUGCCUUCUGUAUCGGCGAUAUCGACGAGGUUAUGGCAUCUCAGACUGGCUUUGCCUUCAUCCAAGUCUUCCUUAACUCGACCGGUUCUGUUAAGGCUGCGACAGGCAUGACUGUUGUGAUUAUGGCCAUGCAAUUCUGCGCCGCUAUCAGUAACGUAGCUACCACUUCACGACAGGUCUACGCUUUUGCACGAGACAAAGGGCUUCCAUUCUCUGAUUUCUUCGCUAAGGUCAACCCGACAUUCACGGUUCCACUAAAUGCCCUAUGCGCAAGUCUAGUCAUUGUCUCACUGCUCGCUCUCAUCAACAUCGGCUCCUCUGUUGCCUUCAACGCCAUCAUGUCGCUUGGUGUUGCAGCUCUUCUCUCCUCAUAUAUCAUCUCUAUUUCCUGCGUCCGCCUCCGUCGCUGGCGCAACCAACCUUUACCACCUGCCCGAUGGAGUAUGGGGAAGCUCACCCCGUUCAUCGACACCGUCUCUCUUCUGGUUCUGGCAAUCUCGUGGACCUUUAGCUUCUUCCCUCUCACCAGGGAGGUGGACACAACUACCAUGAACUGGGCUGUCGUCAUCUUCGUUGGCGUUGUUAUGGUCUCUCUGAUGUAUUACUUCAUGCACGCUAGGAAGGUUUACAAGGGCCCGGUUGUGAGGGUAAAUGUCAUGGGAUAGUCGAGAUUUACCCGCUGUAUAUAGAAUGCUGGUUCAUAUUGUUUCAUGUUAGGCAGUAAAAGUUUCUUCUUCUUUUCUCAAUUCAAUUUAAUACUACCUUUGGUCCUAUAGAUCAAAUCUUAAGCAAACCAGGGCAACGGAACAAGCAAUACUACGAAUAUGACGAUCUGGUGGAAUCAUACCUGGAGGCUGGAAACCAAGCAAGAGACCGAACGGGCCGCAGCCUUCGGUCCACCCGAGUAAGGGAGCAAAUAUGGCUCAUAUCGAAGGUUUCCUUGCAACUCGUGAUAUACCUACCUCUACUUAAAGGACGCCGAUAGCUUACGCUGUCUUUUCUUCUAUAUAGAGAUACACCACCUCAAACGACUUCUUUUCAUUCUCCCCAUCUCUAACCGCCUCCCCACCGCAAUCCUACACUAUGACCCUCUUUGACGUCCUC